UGUGCCAACGCCCGGACCUGUUCACUCAGGGGAGACACCUGUCAGAGGGUGGAGACUUUCCACUCAGUGACAGAGCACCAGUCCUCUACAACCCUCAUUAUCUGGGCUUCGCCCAUCAGUUGGCUGUUAAGAACGAUCCAAAGAGCAGCUGUUGGUCAGGACCUCUACUACAGGUGACACUACUUCAGGAACGUAACACGUGAUCUACACACAAUGUCUAAGCCUACAAAGGAAGGGGACAGGAACUCUGUUUUUCAGACGACUAAGGUCCGAACAACUUUUAAGGGAGACAGCAGCUGGAUCCAGAGACGCAAAGAAGCCGAGGCCGAGGCCAAGGCUGAGGAGGAGAAGCCAUGGAUGGCUGAGGUCCGGGCAAAACGUCUAAAUGAAGCCCAAACAGAAACCAGUCCGGUCUCUUCACCUGUAAGCAAAGCGCCUGCUCCCAGUGAUACCACACAAAGUACAAAAGCACCAACAUCAGGAUAUCUAAUCAGAGGGGUUUUCACAAAGACUGACACCAAGCCUGCUUCUUCAACGUCAACCAAUGGUUUUAGUGGUCCGACUGCCAGCUUCACUAAGAAGCCGUCUGAGGAAUACAAGAAAAUAGCCCCUCAUACAGUACGAGUCACUACAGAGCCCACGGUCCAGUCUGAGCCUCAGCUCUCCCCGGAGGAAGUAGAGAAACGCACGGAAGCAGCCAGUGAUGUCCUCAAGGCAAAUGCUGGCCGGCAGCGGUCUUACGUCCUCUCAGCAGCCAAGAAAUAUGAAUCCACAAGCACACCAGAAACUCCUCCAGUGAGCAGUACAUUUGUGGCUAAAAGGGUGGUGAUCAGCGAUGAUGAGGACACUACACCUGCUGAGACUCCAAAAGAGCCCGUCUCAACAUCUCCCGUCCCUGCUCCUGUCACACAGGCCAGUGUAGAGACGAGGGUGGAUAAACCCAUCACCCCAGUUCAGAAAGAGGUACCCCCAGUGGCAGUGACCCCUGUUGUGACCCCCAAGUCUGUACCCCAAGAGAGUGUUCCUGAGCCCUACAGCCCUGCUAAACAGAGUGCUGGCACUCUGAGCGCUUUGUCAGACACCCUCAUAUCUUUCAACACAGAAACUACCAGACCAGAAGAAAGGAAAGAAGCAGUUCCCGUGGCUGAUUACGGCUCCAGUUCUGUUAAAGACAGUGUUGAUCCUGAACCCAUCCCUGAACAAAGUAAUGACCUUCAUAAUGAUGACCUCUUUACCCUUGCUCAAAGUGGAGAAGAGGAGCCAGUGGACCCUGCUCCCCGCAGCCCCCCAUCUUGGAGUCAGGACCUCCUGUCAGGGCCUGAGGACUCUUUCGUCCCGCCACAGAAGACCACUGGAGCACUCAAUCUGCUUGCUGAUGAUGUCAUCCCAAUUGAUACAUCUGCCACUAGCAUAAGCACUGACUAUCGCUUCAGAAAUGUGGACGACUCAAAGGAGGAGCCUCUAGUGGACACUUGGAGAAGACACCCUUAUGCAGAGGACACCCUUGAUAGCUCUGAUCCCCAGAUCGCAAAACCAAUCACCACUUCUGUCAUUAAGAACAGCUCCACCGAUCCAUUUGAUCCUAUUCCGAUAGAGACCACAUCCAUGAAGAGUCCUGUGGAGCUAUUUGAUCCUCUCGUACUUGGCUCAAUAACCAGUUCCGCAGAUCCUGUCUCUCCUCUAAGUCCUAAGAAUGAAUACAACAGCCUUUAUGACAGUAUGCCCCCUAGUGCACUGGUGAGCCUUGCUGACGACAUCAUCCCCAUCGACACAAACAGCACAAGACUCAUUACUAACAGAUCUUGGGAACGCUUUGACACCCCAAUUCAGGACACCCCCAGCUCAUACAAAAGUGAGGAGAAGGAACCUGCCAGAGAUGCUGAUGAGCAGGAGACUGUCAUUAAAUUUGAGAAGAAGUCCUCAGAAAAUGAUUCCCCGUGGGAUAGAUGGACCUCCCCCACUGUUUACACUACUAGGACAACAGAGGAGAGUUCCGCAGAUCCUGUCUCUCCUCCAAGUCCUAAGAAUGAAUACAACAGCCUUUAUGACAGCCUGCUUGACACUACGGAGCAGGAAGGCACAUCAUCAGACCCAGAGUCAAAAAAGGGUUUUGUGCUCUUGAAGGAAUAUGUCGAUGAAACAAACGAAUCCAACCAGUCUUCAGGACUUGACAGCAGCCCCAGAUCCCAUCUCAGUGACAUGUCUGCCUGCUCAUACUGCGGAGAGCUUGUGGGCAGCGAUGCGAGGAUCUCUAUUGAACAUCUCAACAUCUCCUGCCAUCCAUCAUGCUUCAAGUGUGGCAUAUGCAGCAGGGAGAUGGGAGACUUGCUCUGCAGCAUGUUUUUGCACAAUGGGACGGUGCACUGCGAGAGCUGCUAUUCAAAUGUGAUUUGAUGCAGAUGACUGGUCCAGCAGUCCCCCCAAAAGACAUUACCCACAAUUCCGACAGGACUCGUACAGAAACCUGUCCACAUGAUCUGAUGCAGUUGAGUGGUUUCUCAUACUGUUACACAGUCAAAACAUCACAUUGCAAGAAAUAUGCAGUCGUGCUCUGGAAGCCCCUCUACAUAGUCUGAAUGAAGGUAACAGAUCCUUAUGGGACAAAGCUCUUCUACUCCCAUACUAGUAGAGAAAUAAUGUUGAAAUAAUACUGUAAUCUGACAGCGUGGCAUAAAAGGUGAAAUGAAGGAUCUAUCUAUAUAUAUAUAUAUAUAUGUGUGUAUGCUUGAUUUAUUGGGUGUGUAUCUGCAACAUCAACUUAUCAAGGCUUUGGAAAAAUAUAUUACUGCAUAGAGGUGAGGUUUUAUUUGUUACAAGAACAUGAGCUCUGAAUUAAUCGUAUCCUCCACUGCCUUGUGUCUUCUGUUCUGUUUGUUCUACCUUUGUUUUCAUUGUCUGAAGAAACUCAAUAAACCUUGAAUGAUUA